ACCUCCGCCACGUGGCCGUCGGCUCCGCUUGUUGCCGUCGGCUCCGCCUCGUGGCCGUCGCUUGCGCCUUGUGGUCGUCGACUCUGCCUCGUGGUCGUGGGCUCCGCUCGUCGCUGUCGCCUCUGCCCCGUCGCCUCCGCCACGCGGCCGUCGGCUCCGCUUGACUCGUUCUGCCUCGUGGCCAUCGGCCUCGUGGUGUGGGCUCUGCUCGUGGCUGUGGGCUUCACCUCGUGGCCUCCGCCUCGUUUUGCCUCGUCACCAUCGGCUCCGCCUCAUGGCGUGGGCUUUGCCUCGUGGCCUCGGCCUUGUGACCUUCGCCUCGUGGCCGUCGGCUUCGCCUCAUCGCCUCCGCCUCGUGGCGUGGGCUCCGCUCGUGGCCGUCGGCUCCGCCUCCGCCUCGUGGUUGUCACCUCGUCCUCGUCGCCUCCGCCUCGUGGCUGUUGGCUCCGCCUCUCUACCUCGUGGCUAUUGGCUUUGCUUGUCGCGGUUGCCUCCGCCUCCGCCUCCGCCUCCAUGUCCGCCUCUAGGGCCGAUCAGGUUAGGUGCAAUAAACUUUAAUCCGUCUCUCCAUCGGCUCUGCCUCGUGGCCGUCAACUCCGCCUGCGGAGCCGGUCAAACAGAUAAUUGUCGAGGCUUUGUGCAAUGGGUUGAAGAUUAUAUUGAGGAAUGCAGGAUCUAUUCACCUAAAAGUGUGGACGUAGUCAAUUCUGGAGAGGCAUCAAGCGAAAAUGAAGAAUUGGCAAUCGUAAAAGGAGAUUUGAAGUUGAUUAGAAAAAAAAAUAGGCUUUAUUAUGUCAAUGAUAAUAUUAUAUGGAGUCAUCGUAUCUUUCCUUCUUGGAAUUAUGAUAUCUAUGUUACUAUAUAG